GCGUGACUGUAAACCAGUGCGCUGAUAUAGUUGUCGCGCGUGCUCAGAAGCGUUUGCAGAGGAAACAAGCACGAGACCAGCAGCCCACGAAGCUCUACUUGGUCGUUGUUCGUUGGGUCAAAUCGAAAGCCUACAUUGUAGCAUCGGGUGCUGAAGAAUCCGGAGACCGUUUGGAACCCCAGCCAGGCUAUGCUUGUCACGUGUCCACGUGGUCCCGGAUCGAUCCACUGGAUCCGGCUAAAGUUAGCCUUGAAAGUGCGUAUCAAAUGUCUCAGUUGACAAAUGAUGGGGUUCUCACCUCAAAUCAAUUUUCAUCAGUUCAACGUGCGUUAGUUUUGUCAGAUGACAGUGUUGAUUUUUUGAGUUCUGAUUGUAUAAGGUACUUUCUGUUGCGUGUCAACCGAGACAUUUUUCUCU